GAAUCUUUCGUGUACGAUGUGAUGUGAUCUCAUCUUAAUUAUUUGUUCCAUUAAGAAAUUGUGCGUGUGUGAAUGAGUCAGUUCAUCAUCAUCAUCAUGCUAAUGUUGCAGUCUCUUACCACCACUUGGAGAAAAUAAAAAAGACAACUUUUAAACUGUUUCCUUCAUUUUUAGUUUCAAUCUCUCUCUCUCUCUGUCUCUCUGUGAGUAAAACUAAGAAUUCAGAUAAAAAAAAAGAGGCAUGAAGCAAUCUUCAUGGGGUUGUACAAUCUUCAUACAAUUAUCUCUCUGUCUCAUCGUCUAUGUGUCUCUGCAUUUGGGUCACCCAUUCUUCUCUAGUAACGACGUUGACAAUGCCACACCUCUAGAUCUUUAUUUCAUCUCCGUCGCCGGAGGAGGUUUCAGGCCUCUUCACCGCCAAACUCACCUUCUCCGAUUGAUGGAGAAAGCUGCAGAAACUUACAAGGCAAAAUUUGUGGUGAGCUCAAGUGAACAUGGAGAAGAUGACCCACUCCUGCAACAUGCUUCUCGAGUGUCUUCUUCACUGAAAAUUCCAUGGUACACUAGAAAGAAAGGAUCUGGAUAUUCCAGAGAGCGCAUCGCAAUGCCUUUUAAUGGAUCCUUGGAUGUUGUUUUCGUAGACAUUGGCUCACUACAGCAGGAUUUGCUCGGUGGAACAUUGAAUGGCUCUACGAUCAGUCAAUUGAAAAGGCUAACAAGGAUUCUUAAAGCAGCAGAUGGAGACUGGCGUAUUGUUGUUGGAUCAGACUCGUUACUCACUCUAAGGAAGGAGCCCAAGGAAUUUGCAAGGACAUUUUAUCAAAUCAUGACCAAAUAUGGAGUGAACUUAUAUAUAAGCGAAAAAGGCUGCACCAGCGAGAGCUUGACUUGCAUUACGGUUCCUAAUCAAUCAGAGAACCGAGGUCUAACUUCUGAUAGUAACAAGAGAGAAAUGGAAGAUGGGUUUCUUCUUCACAGAGUUAGCUUCUCAGAGUUUGUUACUUAUACUAUCAACUCAUCAGGACAAGUCAUUGACACAAGAUUAGUUAAGCAGAAAGGCAAAGAGACCAUCUAAAAGGUUUACUCCAUAGUUGUAACGAAGCUGUACAAUCAAUUUUAGUACUCUUCCGUGAAUGACCGUUAUACCCUUGACCUGUCCGAGUAAAAAAAGCUGAAUCAUCGGAGGGUAAAAUUGGGAAUUGGGUACUCUAUAUAUUCCCCCAAAAAAGAGUGAGCUUUUUUUUUUUUAGGGUUUUGCUCUCUCAUUAGUUUAAGUAUGAGGUUUCUGCUCCCGGAGGAUUUUUUUCUUCCGGUGGAAGCGGAUCCGAUGAUUUCAAAUAUUUGUUGACGAGCCACUUGUUAAAGUGGUGAUGAAUCGUCCAAUCAAAUCUCCUCCACCACCAUCUCUACUCCUUCUGAUCUUCUUUGCUCACUGAUUCUGCUUUGCCUCGAUCUCUAUCUCUUUCUUAUUAUUAUUAUUAUUAUUAUUAUUAUUAUUGGGGAGACGAUGAUGAUUCUUAAGAAGUCAGUAGACCAGACAUUGUGGUAACACUCUCUCUUUCAUGGCGGGGCUAUAAAGGAAAAAAAAAAGUCUUUUUUUUUCUUUGUCAGCAGCCAUGGCGGAAGAGUGUAUCCUCUCUAAUCUGUCUGAGAAAAGGCGAAUCUGAGUCCUCUUUUGUUACAUGCACAAUGUUUUAAAAAUUAAAAUCCUUUUUUAGCAGCUACUGUUGAAGCUUCGAUGCAUCGUUUUUGUUGAAUCAAAGUUUUGAGUUGUGAAUUUGGGAUCCAUGUGAUGAUUUUGUCUUUAAAAGAUCAGUAGUGUUUCCUCUGUAUCUAUUAUAAAAAUCACAU